AUGCAUUUCGCAAAUUUUACCUCAACUUUUAUCCUCUUUUCUUCAACUAUUUUUGCCUUUGAAACAAGUCCUCUAGAUUUUGGGGAUUUUUAUGCAGAAUGUGUCGAGAAACUCUUGAAAGAUAUAGACGAGGAAAGGCGACAAAUCUUGGGACGAGGGAUUUGGGUGCAAACGAGGAGUUGGUCACCGAUCACUCAACUCAUGAACGCAGCAUACUUUUUAUCAUUGGAAGCUGUAAGAAAAUUGCAUCAAAACCAAACUGAAAUCAAUGAGUUCAAAAUUCUCAAUCAAGGCUUGUUGAGAUUAAACAAAAAGUAUGAGGACAAGAAUCUGAACGUGAGCGUGAGCGAAGUGAAUCAAAAGAUCAAGAUCGACUUCUUUCAAUAUGAGCUUUAUCAUAAUAAUCACGAAGAUUUAAAUCGAAAUGAGUUUUCUUUGAGCUAUUUACCGAUUUGGGGCCUCAUCUACAACGCGAAUCCGCAUAAUCCAAAGGUGAUUCGCGAGUUCAUCACCGCCUGCGACAAGUACAAUCCGAUAAAUUUAAUGACGGAAUAUGCAAAGAGUAUCUCGGUGACGGUUGGAAUUCGACCAACCACGCAAUCGAUUGCGCUCAACGAAUUGUUGAGAUUGGAGAGACGGUCGGCCGAUGAUCGUUUGCAUUUCUACAUGUUAACAAUUCUGCACACUGAAUGCCUCGCGUUAAGUCAAAAAGCGGUUCUUGAGAGAAAAGAUCCGAAGCCAAUCGCAAAUCUUUAUGAGUACGUGGUCGUCGCUUUGAACAUUCUCCAAAAGAAAUACCUUCAUGCGGCGAAAAUCUUGAAUCAGCAUUCUGAAUUG